AUGGCGCAGUACAAGGGCACCAUGCGGGAGGCCGGCAGGGCCAUGCACCUCAUCAAGAAGCGGGAGAAGCAGAAGGAGCAGAUGGAGGUACUGAAGCAGCGCAUCGCCGAGGAGACCAUCCUCAAGUCGAAGGUGGACAAGAAAUUCUCAGCUCAUUACGAUGCCGUGGAGGCCGAGCUGAAGUCGAGCACAGUGGGGCUGGUGACCCUGAACGACAUGAAGGCCAAGCAGGAGGCCCUGCUGCGGGAGCGUGAGAAGCAGCUGGCCAAGAGGGAGCAGCAGGAGGAGCGCCGGCUGCAGCAGGAGAUGCUGCGGGACAGGGAGCGCCAGCGCGAGCGGAAGCGGAAGAUCUCGAGUCUGUCCUUCUCGCUGGACGACGAGGACGACGACGACGACCAGGACGCCGCGACGGAGGCCGGCAAGAGCUGGAGAAAGAUGCGCAAGAAUCCCAACGUGGACACCAGCUUCCUGCCGGACCGCGACCGGGAGGAGGAGGAGAACCGGCUGCGGGAGGAGCUGCGCAAGGAGUGGGAGGCCAAGCGCGAGCGGGUGAAGGGCGAGGAGAUGGAGAUCACCUUCAGCUACUGGGACGGCUCGGGCCACCGGCGCACGGUGCGCAUGAGCAAGGGCAGCACCGUGCAGCAGUUCCUCAAGAGGGCGCUGCAGGAGCUGCGCAAGGACUUCCGCGAGCUGCGCUCGGCCGGCGUGGAGCACCUCAUGUACAUCAAGGAGGACCUCAUCCUGCCGCACUACCACACCUUCUACGACUUCAUCGUAGCCAAGGCCCGGGGCAAGAGCGGGCCGCUCUUCAGCUUCGACGUGCACGACGACGUGCGGCUGCUCAGCGACGCCACCAUGGAGAAGGACGAGUCGCACGCCGGCAAGGUGGUGCUGAGGAGCUGGUACGAGAAGAACAAGCACAUCUUCCCCGCCAGCCGCUGGGAGCCCUACGACCCGGAGAAGAAGUGGGACAAGUACACCAUCCGGUGA